AUGGAUAUGGAAGAAACUAGUCCGAACAGUGGUUGGCCUCUACGGGCGAUAAGCCUAUGGGACAUCAAGAAUCAAGAAAUAGGAUUAUCAAUAGAUGAAAUUGAACGACAUAUUACAUAUGUUAAAAGUGAUUUAAAUUUUGCAGCGAAAUUAGUUUAUGAUCGAAAACUUAAUGAUCCAUUGUAUAUGAAUGAUUCAUUUAUAUUGAAUAAAGAUUUAGCUGAUGUACUUCAUAUUGAUUUUGAUAUUUUUAAUAGUCUUGAAAAUUAUCUAUGCAAACAAGGUUUUAAUUCAUUGGCAUUGAAUGUACGCAAUGAUAUUGUUUACUUGAUUGGUACAGGAGUUAUUCUUAUUUGGCUUGUUCUUCAAACAAAAUCAACACAACAAAAUACAUUUCAAUUUUUAUUUGAUAUUAAACAAGUUCAAGUAAAUGCUGUUUGUUUUUUUUUUCGUUUUCUAAAUUAG